UCGGCAUCUUGAAAUCGACAUCUCGUCCCUCACCAUGUUGCGGAUCGCGAAGAACAAGCGGCGGAGUGUUCCCAUACUCAGUCUUAAACGCUGCCCCACGGGGUCCCGUCUUCCUGCGGGCUGUACCAUCAAAGAAGACGAUCCCCGGUUGUGCCCCGGAUUGUCCAAAGAUCCGUGUCUCCCUUCGAGACUUGAAGAUUUAGCUAGAACGGAAUCCAGUGGGCAAGUGCUAACUAGGACAGCUGUUUGCGACUGCCAGAGAGUGAUUUGCUGUCGGGUUGCUACUACGGAGACACUUCGCUGACGGUAAGUGGCUCACCACGCUGCAACAAAACAUUGCAUAAGCCUCGUGAUCGUGAUGUCCGCAACAUGUCUUCCGGUAAGCUCCUGCGCAUUUUGGCUUUUGAGAUGCGCUCGUCUAUGUUUGGCACCUUCUCUUCAGAUUGAGGUCCGGUGGCUACUACCCAGACUCAAAAGCAGAGCAUGUCGUCUAUAAAAGCUGCCUCCACCCUUUCAUUCUUUUCUUACACUCUCCAUCUCCAGUCGCCCCCCUGAAAGUGCAGAGUCAAGAACAUACUACCACAUUUCGCAAGACACCUACAAGAAUCCGGGGGAGUAUGUGAAAGUGACGCAAGUCUGCAACAUAACCACCGGGCAAUUUACUAUUCCCAACAUCAAUGGCGACCACAUUCAUCUCCACUGGAGGCCUCCUUGAGCGGAUCAAGCGAUUCGAUGUACAGUACAAACAACCGAAGCGGGAUAUCCGCAAAAGAGACACCAUCCUCCCCAUUGCCAUCUGCUCUCUCGCCUUGUUCUGUAUGUGGGGACUGGCCUAUGGCCUUCUCGACAUUAUGAACUACCACGUCAAAGUGGCCAUGGGGAUCGAUCGCCAGAAGGCGGCGAUCCUCGCUGCCGGCUACUACUGCGCCUACAUCCCGGGGGCCCUCCUUAUUGGCGGCCCAUUGGUUAAAAACUGCGGCUAUCGAGUCGCUAUGGUUACUGGCCUUUUUGGUCUUGCAUUGGGCGACUUUUUCAUGUCCAUUGCUGCGCAAAAUUGUUCUUUGGCUGGUAUGGUUGCCGCCAUGUUUGUCAUCGGGUUGGGAGUGUCAACUUUGGAACGCUCCGCCAAUCCAUACGCUGUCAACUGUGGGCCCCGCACCCAGGCUACCCUGCGCAUCCUGAUCGCUCAGGCCUGGGCAGGGAUUGGUACUGUUGUCGCACCGUUUUUGGCCAAUGCCUUUGUCUUCGACCCUGACACUUCUUCGAGGAGGCCUGCUUGGGACCCUCAACGACCUGGCAAAUGUUUGAUGCCGACAGUAGACAGCUCAACGUCUUGUGCCAACUUGGGCAGCAUCAUCACCUUCUACCGGGGACUAGGCGGCUGCAUCCUGGGCUUGAUGACAGUUGUGGCCGUCAUCUUCUUCCGCACGAACUGGGUCCCAGAAGUCGAGGUUCCUGUGGCGCGUGUCUCUGUCGGCUGGAAGCUGUGGAAGCACCCUUUGCUCUCGUGGCGGCAUGCCCGCAUCUGGUGGGGCGUUGCCGCCAAUUUUGUCAAUCUUGGUUGCCAAGUGACCUUUGCUCAAUUCUUCAUUGAGCACAUGAAGAUCAACGCCUGUGCCAGCGACAAGUGGGCUGCCAUAUGCAUGUCGUUGGCACAGGUUGCUUUUGUGAUUGGUCGGUUUGUUGCAGCAGCAAUGGUGACGAACCCCAAGGUCUUCAAGCCUCGAUAUGUCUUGGCUUGUUUCAUCGCCGGUGCUGUGGCGACGACCGCCGCUGGGACAUCUAUUACAGGCAACGCAGCGAUCGCGGUGGCCGUUAUGGUCAUGUUCUUCGAGGCGCCUUCUUUCCCGAUGAUCUUCGAGAGUGCGACGGCUUCAUAUGAGGAGUGGACGCCGACCUGUGAGACGCUGAUGAUCGUCAGCAUUUCUGGUGGCGCGCUACAACCGCCACUGAUGGCGCAACUUGUUGAGUCUGUCCGGAUCUCCAAGGCUUGGUGGUUGACUGCGGCGUGCUUCUUCUUGGUCUUCACAUACCCGUUAGCAACAAAUCUGAUGCCGUCUUUCCGAAGGGCCUUGGACAGGGCUGAGGUUGGGGUCGCCGCUGGACCUACCGAUGAAGAGAAGCAUGUCAUCGGAGGCUCCCCGGCCGACAGUGGACUUCUGACCGCCGAGCAGACCAAACAGUCUGCCGAGUCAGGGGUCUUGAGGGUCACGCCGGUCGAGCCGCUGUCUGUUCCAUUUGGCAAAUGAUGGUAUGCAUUGGAUUGGGGUCUAGUUGGCGUUAUGUUCUGAAUUUAGAUGCUCAUAGACAGUACAAAUGUCGACAGCUGAAAGUUCUUUUCACCAGACACAGUUGCCUAGUUUGUACUAAACAUACUAGAAGGUAGCUAGGACCGUAACACUUACUGGUAAUACAACUUUGUAUGGUAUCAUUUUCAACGACGAA